UUCGCCUUUCUUCAUCCCAUUUUUCUCAGAAAAAAGAGGGAAAAAGAUUCGUUUUUCCGAUCAUAGGAGAUGUCUUCGAAACUGAAACGGCCCCAUAAACCUAAAUCUCAUUCCUCUCCUUCAUCUUCAAAUUCUCUGAUAAUUGAGCCACCGAAGAACUUGUUCCCGUCCAGGGAAGAGUUCUUGCGUCUUCUGGCGGUUGUCGCGAUAGCUUCCGCAGUUGCUUUUUCCUGCAACUUCUUGGUCGCCUUCUUCAGUUCUGGCUCAAAGCCCUUCUGCGAUAGCAACUUAGACUCCAUGGAUUCUAUCCCUGAUAUUUGUGAACCUUGUCCAAGUAAUGGAGAAUGUUAUCAAGGGAAGUUGAAAUGUGCCCGUGGCUAUAGAAGACAUGGGAAGCUGUGUGUAGAAGAUGGAGAUAUUAAUGAAACAGCUAAGAAACUUUCUGACUUAAUAGAAAAUCGUCUUUGUGAAGCUUAUGCUCAAUUUCUGUGCCAUGGAACUGGGGAAAUUUGGGUUCCACAAGAUGAUAUUUGGAAUGAUUUAGGUGGCCGUGAGCUGAUGGAAGACUUUGGCUCAGAUGAUUCCAUUUAUAUAUAUGCAAAACAGAGGACAAUGGAGACCACUGGUAAAAUAAUGGAGAUGAGAACCAAUUCUAAUGGCACAAAGGAGUUGAAAUGUCCAGACUUGUUGGCAGAAUCUUAUAAACCAUUUACCUGUCGCAUCCGUCAGUGGGUUUUGGAGCAUGCCUUUAUACUUGUGCCUGUUUGUUUGGUGCUUGUGGGAUGUGCAAUUUUAGCAUGGAAAGUCCAUCAGAAACACAAUUUUUCAGCCAGAGUUGAAGAGCUUUAUUGUCAGGUAUGUGACAGACUUGAGGAGAAUGCCUUGACCUCAAAGAAAGUAAAUGGUGGAUGUGAACCCUGGGUUGUUGCCUCACGAUUGCGAGAUCAUCUUCUUUUGCCAAAAGAAAGGAAAGAUCCUCUGUUAUGGAAAAAGGUGGAGGAGUUGGUUCAGGAAGAUUCUCGAGUAGAUCGCUAUCCUAAGUUGGUGAAGGGUGAAUCAAAAGUUGUAUGGGAAUGGCAAGUUGAAGGUUCAUUGAGCUCUUCCAGGAAGAAAAUUAAGGGAAGUGGAAACACAUUGAAACCAGAUGACGGUAUGAACGUGAAAUCUGGUCAAGUAGAUUGGACAUUAAAGGCUGAGCCUGAAGCACUGGCAUUUUGAUAUGGGAUCUUUUUGUGAAGUUAGUCCUUUCAGCUCCAUGUGCCUAAACAACUGAAUUAGAAAGGGGGUUUGCUCAAGAUCUUAAGAGAUAGUAAGGAGACAACUUGAUACAAAGUUUCUCACUAAUUGAUGGUAGCUGUUGUAGAAUUCUAUAGAGUUUUGUGGCCUUGAGAGGGAGGUGCCUCCAUAUACAAUACAAAUGAGCACCGAAGACAUCACAAUUAUAUUUUCUCAACCGUUGUCAUGUAUGCAAUCUGUAAUGUAAUCUAUUUUUGCUGUCAAAUGAGCACGUGACCCUGUACUGUUCUUUUCCUCUUAGGCGGGAGGCUUAACUAAUAUCCUGACAGUAAUCCAGACAUGGCGGGAAAUGAGAAGGGAAGGUAUGAAACAGUUACUUUCUAUUAUUAAAAAAAAAAAAAAUUU